UAGUUACUAUGGUGUAUGUUUGGUCUCAUUCCAGGCCAUAAGAAGUGGAAGGUCCAGGAUGUUAGGACUAGUAGGGGGCGCUGGGAGCGAUGAUGACUUUGUUGAUCUUCCUUCGGAGUUUGUGGGUAGGUCACGUAACUACAAGGAGGAGCAUAGGGAAGCCAGUCCUGAGUUAGAACUCACGCCGGAGGAGGAUGUCAUGUUUCCAACUGUUCAGACUAGGGGAUCUGUUAAAGUACUGUACAAUGUUAUCAAGUCUCUAAAUGCUUGGCAAAGAAGAGUUGUGCGCGAGAUUGGUUUUGGUGAUCUUCUCUUUUUUGAUAUAAAAGAGACUCUAUUACGAAUUGGUCAUUGGUUGUUGACCAAUUAUAACCCAGGGGAAAGGGUGCUUAACCUAGAAAAUAAAAAAUGUUAUUAUCACGACUGAGGAUGUUGCGGGUGUCCUUGGCUUCCCAAUAGGUAGCACUCCCAUGAUGAAGAGACGUAAGCGGGAGUUAUGGCCAAUGUUAGUGGAAUAGAGGGAGGUUCUAGAGAAACAUGAUGGUAAUAUCUCAGCAAAGGAUGUGUGCGAUGCUAUGCUUGGGGAACGGGAUGGUGGGGAGUGGUUUAAGAGACAUUUCUCGGUGAUUGUUGUUACUACUCUCAUUGAAUGCUCUAGAAAUGGUGUCGUGAACCAACAGUUCUUAGAUAUGCUUGAUGAUGUCUUUGAUAUUGUGGAUCUGAAUUGGUGUGAAUGUUUGCUUGAGAGUUUGGGGGAUUGCCACACAUCCUGGUUAGAAGGGAGGCACAAGAAAUAUGUUGGCCCAAUAGACUUCCUGACGACAUCUGUUGAACGUGUAAUGGAGAAGGCCAGUCUCCUGCCAUGUCAGUGUUGGAGUUUGUCCAAGUGGUGGAGGAAGCGAUAUGUGAUUGAUUCAAUAGCGGAUGAUAACCUCAAGCAAGUAGUUGGGGCGACCUAGAAGUUGCUAGGUUUUUGUAGCCAUGUGGCCCCUACAGUGCUUGUGCCAGAUCAUGUAGAGGUGGAGCCCACUUUCACACAACGUGAGGACGCAAUUUGGGAUAAUCCCGAUUUCCUAUGAGGGGUGGAGGACAUCGAGAGAGCCAUCCAGCGAAGGGAGGCACUCAAGGAUAUGUCAUCCUUUAGUUUGGGACUCAGGUCCGCAGAUGCAGGGGUUGAAUGGUGUGGCAUCAAUGCCAUUACUCGGGAAUACCAAGGGGAUUGUUGGCCAGAGUUUGCGGGUGGGGAUGGCAGCGUAAAUGCUGUUCUGUUGGAGGGUACUACUGUUU